GUGAGUGUGUGUGAGGAGGAGGUUGUUGAGGUGGAUGCCAGUGUAGAUGUCGCAGCUGUUCAAUGGCUGCACUGCAAAACCCUGAAGUCUUGGAUGAGGUGCACAAGAAAAUCAAUGAAUGUGAAAAGGAGCUUGAUCAGUUUGUGUUGGAGUACAACAAUACCAUGCAGGAGAGAAAACAAAUUUAUAAGGAAAAUGUUCAAGUCGUGACUGAACAAGUUUUUAAAAAAUGCACAGAAUGUAACCUGAUAUUGGAGAGACAGCAGAUGAACAAAACUGAUUUUGAACUAAUGGAUGUAGAACGAGAGAAGAAAUUGGCAGAACUAUCAAAACUCCGUUCAAAGAUCUCGGAAAGAGAAAAUUUAAAGAGGGAAUUAAUUAAACAGAUUGAGCAUCUUAGAGAGAAACACAUGGAAAAGAAAAGAGCACUUCAUGCUGCAAAUGAGAGGAACAAAGCAGUUCUGAAGGAACUCCAAAAGACCACAGAAGUUUUCAGGAAGGUGUUGUCCUUAGAAAUCCGAAGACUUCAUGGAGAGAAACUGCAGUUUGUUUUCAGGAAUAUAAAUCACAACGAUCCAGACUGUGCAUACACAUUUGUUCUACAUAUCACUGAAGAAAACCAGUAUGAAGUGACAUCAUGUGAUCCAGAGCUUGAAGAGAUGUCUCAGCUUGAAAGGAAGCUGCAGGACACCAACAACUUCUCUGCGUUUCUUGCCAAUGUCCGUCAACAGUUUGUUGCUUUAUCUGAAGCCUCAGCUUUACAGUAAAUCAUUGAUGUUCUGUGUGUUUAUGAAAAUGUUGAAAUAAACGAUGUGUUUUGGCAGAAA